AUGGUGCUGCGGGGCGGCGGCAGCGGCGAGCCCCAGGGGACCGCAGCGUCUGGUCGGGACGAUGGCCCCGCGCUGUCCGCUCUCAAGCGCCUGGAGCGGUCGCAGCGCACGGACCAGCUGGAUGCGCUGUUCGGCUUUGAGCGGCCGGCGGAGCCCUGCGAGCGAACCGGCUGGCUCAUCAACAUGCACCCGACGGAGGUGCUGGACGAGGACCACCGGCCGGUGAGCGCUGUGGACUACUACUUCAUCCAGGAGGAUGGGAGCCGCUUCAAGGUGGCCCUGCCCUACAAGCCCUACUUCUACAUUGCCACCCAGAAGGGCUGUGAGCGAGAAGUGUCCUCCUUCCUCUCCAAGAAGUUCCAAGGGAGGAUUGCAAAGCUGGAAACGAUCCCCAAAGAAGACUUGGACCUGCCGAACCACUUGGUGGGCCUGAAGAGGAACUACAUCAAGCUGUCCUUCAGCACCGUGGACGACCUGGUGAGGGUGAGGAAGGAGAUCUCCCCUGCCGUGAGGAAGAACAGAGAGCGCGAGCAGGCCAACGACGUCUACACAGCCAUGCUCUGCAGCGCUCUGAGUGGAGGCAUCCUCAGCACUGAGGAGGAGGAGGGAGGCUGCAGGAAGGUUGCCAGCCAGCUGGACAACAUCGUGGACAUGCGGGAGUAUGACGUGCCCUACCACGUGCGGCUCUCCAUCGACCUGAAGAUCCACGUGGCACACUGGUACACCGUGAGGUACCGAGGCAGCUCCUACCCCCCCGAGAUCAGCCGCAGGGACGAGCUGGUGGAGCGGCCGGAUCCUGUGGUUCUUGCCUUUGACAUUGAAACUACCAAGCUGCCUUUGAAGUUUCCUGAUGCAGAGACAGACCAGAUCAUGAUGAUCUCCUACAUGAUUGAUGGGCAGGGCUACCUGAUCACAAACAGGGAGAUUGUCUCUGAGGACAUUGAAGACUUUGAGUUCACUCCCAAGCCAGAGUAUGAGGGCCCCUUCUGUGUCUUCAACGAGCCAGAUGAAGCUCAUUUAAUCCAGAGGUGGUUUGAGCAUGUCCAGGAGACCAAGCCCACCAUCAUUGUCACAUACAAUGGAGACUUCUUUGACUGGCCCUUUGUGGAAGCAAGAGCAGCAGCUCAUGGGAUGAACAUGUACCAGGAAAUUGGAUUCCAGAAGGACAGCCAGGGGGAGUACAAAGCCUCCCAGUGCAUCCACAUGGACUGCCUGAGGUGGGUGAAGAGAGACAGCUACCUCCCAGUGGGAAGUCACAACCUGAAGGCAGCAGCUAAAGCCAAGCUGGGUUAUGAUCCAGUGGAGCUGGACCCUGAAGAGAUGUGCAGGAUGGCCACAGAGCAGCCCCAGACCCUGGCCACCUACUCGGUGUCGGACGCCGUCGCCACCUACUACCUGUACAUGAAGUAUGUGCACCCCUUCAUCUUCGCCCUCUGCACCAUCAUCCCCAUGGAGCCUGAUGAGGUGCUCCGGAAGGGCUCCGGGACGCUGUGUGAGGCUCUGCUGAUGGUCCAGGCCUACCAUGCCAACAUCAUCUUCCCCAACAAGCAGGAGCAGGAGUUCAACAAGCUGACAGGAGAUGGCCACCUGCUGGACUCAGAGACCUACGUGGGAGGCCACGUGGAGGCCCUGGAGUCUGGGGUCUUCCGCAGCGACAUCCCCUGCCGCUUCAAGAUGAAUCCUGCUGCCUUCGACUUCCUGGAGCAGCAGGUGGAGAAGACUCUGCGCCACGCCAUCGAGGAGGAGGAGGGGCUGCCCCUGGACCAGGUCACCAACUUCCAGGAGGUCUGUGAGGAAAUCAAAGGCAAACUGAACUCCCUGAAGGAUGUUCCCAACAGAAUUGAGUGUCCCCUUAUCUACCAUCUGGAUGUGGGGGCCAUGUACCCCAACAUCAUCCUGACCAACAGGUUGCAGCCCUCAGCCAUGGUGGAUGAGGCCACUUGUGCUGCCUGUGACUUCAACAAGCCAGGAGCCAACUGCCAGCGCCGGAUGACUUGGCAGUGGAGAGGAGAGUUCAUGCCUGCCAGCCGCAGCGAGUUCCACCGCAUCCAGCAGCAGCUGGAGACAGAGAAGUUCCCUGCGCUGUGCCCCGAGGGCGCGCCCCGCGCCUUCCACCAGCUGGCCCGCGAGGAGCAGGCCAAGUACGAGAAGAAGAGGCUGGCAGAUUACUGCCGCAAGGCCUACAAGAAGAUCCACGUCACCAAGGUGGAGGAGAGGCUCACCACCGUCUGCCAGCGCGAGAACUCCUUCUACGUGGACACCGUGCGCGCCUUCCGCGACCGCCGCUACGAGUUCAAGGGGCUGCACAAGGUGUGGAAGAAGAAGCUGGCGGCGGCGGCGGAGCGCGGGGACGCGGCGGAGGUGAGGCGCUGCCGCAACAUGGAGGUGCUGUACGAGUCCCUGCAGCUGGCGCACAAGUGCAUCCUCAACUCCUUCUACGGCUACGUCAUGCGCAAGGGGGCUCGCUGGUACUCCAUGGAGAUGGCUGGCAUCGUGUGCUUCACCGGGGCAAACAUCAUCACCCAGGCCAGGGAGCUGAUAGAGCAGAUUGGGAGACCCCUGGAGCUGGAUACCGAUGGGAUUUGGUGUGUCCUACCCAACAGCUUCCCGGAGAACUUUGUCAUCAAGUCAACCAAUGCCAAGAAGCCAAAGGUGACCAUCUCCUACCCAGGUGCCAUGCUGAACAUCCUGGUGAAGGAAGGCUUCACCAACGACCAGUACCAGGAGCUGCAGGACCCAGCCUCGCUCACCUACACCACGCGCUCCGAGAACAGCAUCUUCUUCGAGGUGGAUGGACCCUACCUGGCCAUGAUCCUCCCAGCCUCCAAGGAGGAGGGCAAGAAGCUGAAGAAGAGGUACGCUGUGUUCAACGAGGAUGGGUCCCUGGCCGAGCUGAAGGGCUUCGAGGUGAAGCGCCGCGGGGAGCUGCAGCUGGUGAAGAUCUUCCAGUCCUCGGUGUUCGAAGCCUUCCUGAAGGGCAGCACCCUGGAGGAGGUCUAUGCCUCCGUGGCCAAGGUGGCUGACUACUGGCUGGAUGUGCUCUACAGCAAGGCUGCCAACAUGCCUGACUCGGAGCUCUUCGAGCUCAUCUCGGAGAACCGCUCCAUGUCUCGCAAGCUGGAGGACUAUGGGGAGCAGAAGUCCACCUCCAUCAGCACAGCCAAGCGCCUGGCAGAGUUCCUGGGGGACCAGAUGGUGAAGGAUGCAGGGCUGAGCUGCAGGUUCAUCAUUUCCAAGAAGCCAGAAGGGUCUCCUGUCACCGAGAGGGCCAUCCCCCUGGCCAUCUUCCAGGCCGAGCCCGGCGUGCGCAGGCACUACCUGCGGAAGUGGCUCAAGAGUCCCUCGCUGCAGGACUUCAGCAUCCGCGCGAUCCUGGACUGGGACUACUACAUCGAGAGGCUGGGCAGCACCAUCCAGAAGAUCAUCACCAUUCCUGCAGCCCUGCAGCAGGUGAAGAACCCGGUGCCGCGGGUGCGUCACCCGGACUGGCUGCACAAGAAGCUGCUGGAGAAGAGCGAUGUCUGCAAGCAGAAGAAGAUCAGCGAGCUCUUCGCCUCCGAGGGCAAGAGGCAGGUCUUUGCCAACCAAGCGGCCCAGGGGACGGCCGGCUCGCAGCUGGGCGACAUGGAGGACUUCGGGGCCGCCAAGAGCCUGCAGCCGCCGGUGCCCAUCGCCAGCAAGCGGAAGAGAGUCCCCGUGGCAGAGGAGAGCCAGGAGGCGUCCCAGGACCUGGAGCUGUCCCAGUCCUGGAGAGAGAUCCUGGGCUCACCUCCACCCCUGGGCACCACCAAGGAGGAGAGGCUGCUCUGGCUGCGCUUCCACCAGAAGAAGUGGGAGCUGCAGGCCCGGCAGCGGCAGGAGCGGCGCAAGCGGCGGCGGCUGGAGGCGGCCGGCAGGGGAGAGGUCCGGGAGGCCCUCUCCAAAGGGCUGGGCAGCUACCUGCGCAGGACAGCACGCAGCAUCCUGGACCUGCCCUGGCAGAUCGUGCAGAUAGCUGAGACCAGCCAGCCCGGGCUGUUCCGGCUGUGGGCGCUGAUCGGCAGCGACCUGCACUGCAUCAGGCUCCGCAUCCCUCGCGUCUUCUACGUCAACCAGCGCGUCCCCAAGCCGGAGGAGGGGGCAGCCUACAGGAGGGUGAACAGGAUCCUGCCUCGCUCCAACCUGGUUUACAACCUCUAUGAAUACUCUGUCCCCGAGGACCUCUACCAGGAGCACAUCAACGAAAUCAACGCAGACCUCUCUGCCCCAGACAUCGAGGGGGUCUAUGAGACACAGGUGCCGCCGCUGCUGCGUGCGCUGAUCCAGCUGGGCUGCGUGUGCAUGGUCAGCAGGCAGCUGCUCAGGCACCUGGCAGGGAGAGAGGCUGAGACCUUCGACAUCGAGCAGCUGGAGAUGCGCUCGCUGGCACAGUUCCCCUACCUGGAGCCAGGAAGCAUUCGCCACAUCUACCUCUACCACAGCUGCCAGGGCAGCAGGGCUCUCCUGGGCCUCUUCAUCCCCUCGCAGCGCAAAGCCUCUGUCUUUGUGCUGGACAAGGUCCGCAGCAACCAGAUGCCGAGCCUGAGCGCGCUCUUCUCGGCGGAGCGCGGCGCGCUGCUGCGCAGGGUGGGCGAGGAGCUGCUGCCCCCCGACAAGCACAGCUUCGAGGUGCGCGCAGAGACCGACCCCAAGACCGUCUGCAGAGCCAUCCAGCGCCUGCUGCUGGCCUACAAGGACGAGCGCCGGGGCCCCACGCUGGUGGCCGUGCAGUCCAGCUGGGACCUGAGGCGGCUGGCCAGCAGCAUCCCCAUCCUCGAGGAGUUCCCCCUGGUGCCCAUCCGCCUGGGGGACGACAUCAGCUACUCGGUGCUGGACUGGCAGCGCCACGCCGCGCGCCGCAUGAUCCGCCACUACCUCAACCUGGACACCUGCCUCUCCCAGGCCUUCGAGAUGAGCAGGUACUACCACAUCCCCGUGGGGAACCUCCCCGAGGACAUCUCCACCUUCGGCUCGGACCUGUUCUUCGCGCGCCACCUGCGGCGCCACAACCACCUGCUGUGGCUGUCGCCCACGGCCCGCCCGGACCUGGGGGGCAAGGAGGCUGAUGACAACCGCCUGGUCAUGGAGUUUGAUGAGAGAGCCUCGGUGGAGAUCAACAACCCUGGCUGCUACUCCACAGUGUGUCUGGAGCUGGACAUCCAGAGCCUGGCUGUGAACACAGUGCUGCAGUCCCACCACAUAAACGACAUGGAAGGAGGCUCCAGCAUGAGCAUCAGCUUCGAUGUGAUCCAGCAGGCGUCGCUGGAGGACAUGGUGACCGGGAACCAGGCUGCCCACCUCCCGGCCAGCUACGACGAGGCAGCCCUCUGCUCCAACACCUUCAGGAUCCUGAAGAGCAUGGUGGUGAGCUGGGUGAAGGAGAUCACGCAGUACCACAAUGUCUAUGCAGACAACCAGGUCAUCCACUUCUACCGCUGGCUGCGCUCGCCCUGCUCCCUGCUCUACGACCCCGCGCUGCACCGCACGCUCCACAACAUGAUGAAGAAGCUUUUCCUGCAGCUGGUGGCCGAGUUCCGGCGCCUGGGCUCCUCGGUGGUUUAUGCCAACUUCAACCGCGUGGUGCUGUGCACCAGGAAGCGGCGCAUCGAGGACGCCCUCAGCUACAUGGAGUACAUCAUCCACAGCAUCCACUCCAAGGAGAUCUUCCACUCUCUGACCAUCUCCUUCUCCCGCUGCUGGGAGUUCCUGCUCUGGAUGGAUCCAGCCAACUAUGGAGGCAUCAAGGGGAGAAUGGAUUCUCGUGUGCACUACGGGGAGGACACCAGCAAGAGGCAAGUGUUGGAGGAGGAGAAGGAGGAUAGUGAACAAGAGGAGGAGGAGGUGGCAGCAGGGGAAGAAGAGGAGGAGGAAGGAGAGACAAACGUGGAGGAGCUGCUGGAGAACAACUGGAACAUCAUGCAGUUCCUGCCCCAGGCUGCCUCCUGCCAGAGCUACUUCCUGAUGAUCGUGUCAGCCUACAUCGUGGCCGUGUACCACAGCAUGAAGGAGGAGCUGCGGCGCAGCGCCCCCGGGAGCACCCCAGUGAAGAGGAGGACCAGCAGCCAGGUGUCCCAGGAGCUGCUGAGGGAGACAGGGGCCAUGCCUGGCAUGAUCGCCUUCUCUCAGGACUACGUGGCCAACGAGCUCACCCAGAGCUUCUUCACCAUCACCCAGAAGAUCCAGAAGAAGGUGACUGGUUCCCACAGUGCCAGUGAGCCCUCAGACCUCUUCCCAGUGCUGCCUGGCUCCUACUUGCCACUCAACAACCCGGCUCUGGAGUUCAUCAAAUGUGUCUGCAAGGUGCUCUCCUUGGAUGCCAACGUGACCAACCAGGUGGGCAAGCUGCGCCGGGACCUGCUGCGCCUCAUCGAGGUGGGAGAGUUCUCCGAGGCGGCGCAGUUCCGGGACCCCUGCCGCUCCUACCUGCUGCCAGAGGUCAUCUGCAGCAGCUGCAACUUCUGCAGGGACCUCGACCUCUGCAAGGACCCUGCUGCCAUCCCCCAGGAUGGGUCAGUGCCACCCAGCUGGGUCUGCCCCAACUGCCAGGCUCUGUAUGACACCGCUGCCAUCGAAGCCGCGCUGGUGGAAGCCCUGCAGAAGAAGCUGAUGGCCUUUGUGCUGCAGGACCUGGUGUGCCAGAAGUGCCAUGGUGUGAAGGAGACUCACAUGCCUGUGUACUGCAGCUGUGCUGGAGACUUUGCCCUCACCAUCUCCUGCCAGACCUUCAGGGACCACAUCAGCGUCUUCCAGAGCAUUGCCCAGCACUAUGGCAUGGCCUUCCUGCUGGAAACCAUCAAGUGGCUGCUGUGCACCAGCCCCCAGCUCCAGCAGUGAGCUGCUGGCCUGCUCCUUCUGCCUGUGUGCUGCUGCUGGGGGCACUGGCUCCAUGGAGAGCAGUUGUGGACCCCCCUCGGCCAUCUGCUGGACCCCUAGAGAAGCUGAAACCCCCUCCUGCAGCAAGGGAGGGAAGGCAGGAGCCAUGCCAGGGACUGGGCUGUCCUGCCCAGCUG